ACAAACUCUUCUUUUUUUUUCCACUACUCUUUUUUUUUUCUUUUUCUUUUUAACAACAUAUACAUAUACACAUAUGGCUACCUCUGCUGCUGCUCCUAAGGCUAAGAUCGCCACCAAGAAAUCUGAACAUCCUCCCUAUGAAGCUAUGAUUAAAGCUGCCAUUCUUGCUUUGAAGGAACGUAAGGGUAGUUCUCGUCCUGCUAUCAAGAAUUAUAUUUUGGCCAAUUAUAGUGUUACUCGUGGAAAGCCUUUCGAUACUCAAAUCUCUGCUGGUAUCAAGCGUGGUUCUCUCAAGGGUAUCUUCUCUUUGCCUAGAGGUAAAAUAAUAUGAUUAGGAUUAGAAAAAAAAAAAUAUUUUAUGGAUGUGAAAAAAAAUUUUCUUCCUGUUCUCCCUUUGAAAAAAAAAAAAAAGGAGGCGGGAGAAAGAAAAAAAAAAUAAGUUUUUUUUUUCGAGGGGAAGAAGAAUAUGCGCGCGUUGGAGGUUGGGAUGAUCAUUGUAUUGACCAUUUUUUUUAUUAUUUGUAUUAUGAUGAUCAUUUAUUAGGUCCUUCCGGUACCGUCAAAUUGGUAAAACCCGAAAAAUCCACUGAAGAAAAGAAGAAGGCUGCUCCCAAGAAGGCU